GACGAAACACCACGCGGCUGAAAAGCGACCCCAGAGUACCAUCAUCCCAUCGACCCUUGAGGACACGCUGAUCGAACCCCUCGAGAGCCUCAAUCUCUUCCUGCUAUUGAAACAGCACCCUGUCGCUCCAUUUUACUGUAUCUGAACGACAUCUCUCGCUCUUUCUCGCCAUUGAACCCAACCUAUCAAGCUUGGCUUGCAUGAGCCUCCGUCCAAUUCCGGCCGACGACCUAACCACCAUCAACCACCUCUCCAUCGACGAAAGUCAACCACAACAACCAUCAGUUACUCGAUAUUGAAAGCGCAAACACGUAAAGGACACAGAAACAAACUUCAUCAUGCCCCCUCCACCUCCUCCGCCGCCACCGAUGCCUGCGAUGGGUGGCCCUCCUCCGCCUCCCCCGCCGCCAGGAGGCCCUCCUGGAGCUGGCAAUCUACCUUCGAGACCACCACCAGGAGGCAGAGGCGCUCUACUCUCCGACAUCACGAAAGGCAAGGCUCUCAAGAAAGCCGUUACGAACGAUAGAUCUGCGCCGGUAGUUGGGGGUUCGUCUGGUGGCGUUUCCUCCGGAGGACCGCCUCUAGGAGGUGCGCCUCCGGUCCCAGGCUUUGGUGGUGCCCCUAAACCUCCCGGUGGCCUCGCUCCUCCGGUGCCCGGAAAUCGAGCUAGAAGCAAUAGCGACCAGAGCGGGCGAGAAAGCGCGCCUGCACCGCCCUCACAGGCAGCACCGCAAUUAGGGGGUCUCUUUGCGGGAGGUAUGCCGAAGCUGCGGAAGACUCGCGGCGCCGUUGAUACCGGUGCUUCUAUGGACUCGUCAUAUCUGUCGGAUCCCGAGAGCAAUGUGCGGUCGUCCUCUGCGCCGAAGCCACCCACAUUCGGAGCACCAAAACCUCCUGGCGGUGCGGCGCCGGCCCCGCCGGGAAGGCCGCCUUUACCCCCUCCCAACGCCGCACCGGCCCUGCCACCAUCCAUUGCCAACUUGCGCAAGACGCCCAGCGAUCUACCUCGGCCAGGCUCUUCAGCAUCGAUGAAAGGGCCUCCGCCUCCUAUAGGCAAGAAGCCGCCGCCACUGCCAGCAUCCCGGAAGCCCUCGACUACGCCCAGCCACCCACCUCCAUUACCUGGAUCGCCAGCUCCAGGAGCACCCCCUCCACCACCUCCAUCGUCUGCUCCAGCACUUCCGUCCGCACCCCCCUCGGCGCCGCCACCGCCCCCUGCUGCUGCUGCUCCCAGAGCUCCAGCGCCAUCGCCUCCGUCGAGGUCCCCAGCACCUCCACCUCCUCCACCGGCCUCAAACGGACCUUCGCCGCUGGCAAUGCAAGCCGCUUUACGAGCAGCCGGACAGGCAUCUCCAAGUGCUGCUCCACCGCCUCCCCCAUCGGCGGCUCCCUCGCCCCCCGCCUCUGCACCUCCUCCACCAGCAGCACCCCCUACGAGGGCCCGUGCUGGUUCUGGUCUACGAUCUUCUAUGCUAGAUCCAAGCGCCUUCACUCUUGCUCCCAAUGGUGCCAAGAGUCCAAGCCCUACUCGAACGAACACGAUGAGCAGUCUCAAUGUCGGUGGUGGGGGUCAACGAUACAUCGUGCAGGAUCCUCGAUGGAAGUUCCAGGAUGAUGCCAUGUUGCCAAAGCCAAGGGACUUUGUAGGCGGUCCCCGACGAUACAGAGCCGGCAGAGGUAGCAGUGUUCCUCUUGAUCUCAGCGCCCUAUAAGGGGGUCGGACUAGAUACGGAUUAUUCCGCAGCCUAAUUAGCGUCAGGCUCAAUCAAAGUUUGGGUCUAGAAUGGCGGACAGCCUCGGGCAAUCUACAUGAAUCAAACGAUCUGCACUGCUAUGGUUCUUGGUGGAAACGCGUCCCUUGUUGAUGCAUGGAAGUCAUCCGGCUGAGAUUUCUCGCAGAAGACGGAGACGGUUCAAUUUCGACGCCUUUGGCCGGUGGGCUAUUGUUAGUCGCCAAAUUGAGGAUAUUCUGGAGGAUUCGGACUCCGCAAAAUCUUAUACAACGGGACAAGCAUUCGCAACACAUCCUGAAGGCGUCGUCGUAUCGGCAUUUCUUGGCCCCGUUACCUUGGCGAAAAGAUCGACUGAGACGAAUCUAGAUCUCUCGGACGUACUCGUCUUGGGAAAUCUCUUGGUUUUCUUGGUAUUCUUGGUACCAAGAACCAUGGUUGCUUGUCGAAUGCUUGUACUCAACGUCCUCUUCUUCGGACGGAACGGGGGGUUUCUACAGAUUCUCUUACAGGGCCGUCAGGGACUUUGAGGGGCAGACGGGCUUGGCAUGCAAGCAAGCCUUCGCAGCGAUAUGGAGAGGGAAGAAGAGCAAAGGAUCACGUCAUUCAAGAGAGCCAUCACGCUAGCGAGACGCUCAGUCUUUGGUGUUAGACAUUGGUAGAAAUCAGAUUCCUUACAAGAUCCGGCUAGAUUCUAAACCUGAUCGUUGCUGGUAUAUUGAUUAUCAACCGCUCCAUCUUGAACCAAAUGGGUGACACAAGUAUUGAAGUGGAUCCGUCGUUGCGUAUUAGUCACGUCCGUCCGUCUUCGAGGCGGCCCUCGUCCACCUCAAUCCCUGAAUGCUAGUCACCUCCGUAUAGGCCCGAUGGGAAGAACAUUCAACCCAGCACGAUCACGAUCACGAUCCUACUUUUCACAGAUUGAUAAUGAUGACCCCUCAUGUUGUCCAGUUGAACCUGGCAUGCUUCACCAACGGGGCACGUGAAUCGAAGCAACUCGGUUCAACUUUCCGACUCAGGCAGUAGUAGAAGACCCCAUCGCGUCUUCAACGAUCAGACGAAGGAGUUCACCUAGUGACACAAAACGCAACACAGCCUCGUCGACGCAAUUGGUAAUCAGAUCUUUCGUUCUGCCCUUGAACUUUUUUGACAAACUCGCGACAAGAGACUAAAAAAGUUGAGACGAGACUCUCUCUCUCUCUCGCCCGGGCCCGCGUAAAGUUGACCGGUUGAGCCAAGUCUCAGCAUCUGUAACCGAAACUUGCUUCGGCGCGAACCUCCAAAAAAAGAACUUGACGUUGAAAAGAAGAGAUAAGAGAAAGACUAUCCGUAGAAACCUCAGAAG